GGAGAGGAUUUCUCCCCAAAACAAGAGGCCAGCGUUGCAAGUUGCGACCUGCGAACCCACCCAUGCCGCCGACCGCCGAUUCCCGAAAGCGUGAGUACUCCGGGCGGUGAACGGAAGCAGACCGGAGCAGAGGCAACGCGACGCGACAAAGCUCGCUUCGCAUCAGGAUUGCUCCCAGAAAAUUCGUCUUCCCCGUACGCGAUUGCCGAUUAGUUUAAUCCCCCCGCACUUCUUCCACCUCGUCCUUCGGCUGCUUCUCUUCCACCCGCACCCACUAACUCGCAAGGGGGGAAAAGGAAAGUGAGGAGGGUCGGCGAGAAAAAAAGGAAACCUAGGCGGCUUUCCAUUUCGGGAAAUUCUCGGUCUCCUCCUGCGCGCUGCCGCCCUCGUCUUCCCGCCGCGGAUUCGCCGUCUCCGACGCCGGCCGCCGCGUGAGGCUUCUGCGGCUCGUUCCGCCAAUCGCUGGGCGGGGUCCUCGCUCGCGGGCGAGCUUGUGGCGCAGCGGCGACCGACGCGGGCUCGCGGGUUUCGUUGCCUCCGCCGCGAGGUUUGGCUCCCAACAGCAAUUGAAUCGGGACAAGGAUGGCUCAGGUUCGUUGCCCCGUGAUCUUGUUGGGAGGGGGUGCGUUGGGCCGUGCGGUUGUGGUGCAAGGGUAGGUUUUGUGGUGCUAUGGAAGGGACCGCGGCGGCUGAGGUGGCCGGUGCCAGCGAUGGCGCGGCCGGGGAUGUGCAGAUUAAGGGUAGCAAGGAGAAUGAGCAGCCUGCGCAGCAGCCGUCCGGGAGCGUGGCGCUGGAGAUGCCCGCCACGCCUAUCCCGCUUACACGGGACAUAGAGUGGUCAGAGCAUUUCUCGUUCUUCACUUCAUUGGGCGGGUUUGGGGGCAGCACGGAUGGUGCCAGGGGCUUGACCAGCGUUGGCCUGUCAAAUUCUGAGUCGAGGCCGGACAGCGUGACACAGUGCUGUUUGAAUGAUCCGGAUGAGAGGGUGGAAGAGCUCACAUUGAAGAAUUGCAUCAACGCUGAUGUUCAGCCCGAGGUUUCUGCUGGCGGAAGCUCAAGCAGUGGGGAUAGGCCUACCAUCAUUAAGGGCCUGUGGGGUAACUUUACACGGAUGGCAUGGAGAACUAGCGAAGUGGCCAGCAGGGAAAAUGUAGCAGUGAGUUGUGGUGACAUUGCGAACUUGAGGGCCGGUGAUGUGUCUAGUAGGGAAAAUUUGGCUGGGACCCUUGACAACAAUAUGAGCUCUCAGAAUAAUGAUGCAUCUGGCAAGGAAACACCUAUGAGUCAUGGUGGCAAUGUGAAUAACGAGUUCAUGAUGCCAUUUGGUAGCCAGCAGCAUCUCUUAGCUGCACGUCCUAAUCAAACUGAGCAGGGAGCUGAAAGGGAGAAUAUUCUCACAAUGAGUAGCUUUUCGAAUAGAAUUUUUGAUCAGAUGAGAAGUAAGACUGUAACACCUUCAUCUGGGGUCCCUGGAUCCCCAUUUAAAAACAAAUCGAAAGGUAAAGGGGUCGCUUGCCAAGGUGCACGGGAGGAGGUCAAAGUGCAAGCUAAUGCAAGGCCCAGAGGCCCUUUGGACAGGCUUCCCAAAAUUCCUGCCUCAGUGCAUGAUUCUAUGGACAGAGUGGAUGCAUUGCUUUCCAGUGGUGGUCGGAAUUUUUUAAAAUCUCAGUGUGAGGGAAAUAGCCUGAGGGAACUGAUUAAACCUGGGCAACAAACUACAAGCAAAUUUGAGAAAAUGCAUUUAUUUAAGCAGAUUGUUGAUCUUGUGGAUAAGUGCCAUACACAGGGCUUGACUUUACAACAUUUGCGACCAUCAUAUUUUACAAUCCCGUCUUCAAACCAAGUUAAGUAUAUUGGUUCUUGUACCACACAAGAUUUAUCAGCCUCCGUCAAACAAGAUGUCACUACAGAUGACGUUGUGAAUAGAAAAAGAUGUUUCGACCAUAGAAUUGAGCUCCAAGAGUCUAAUGGCUAUGGAAAUUCAAUGUUAAAGUAUCAAAAGGUUGGUGAGCGUAGCAUGAUUGCUGCCAGGCGACCAAUACAUACCUUCUGGGCUGGCCACAGAAGGGACAAUCAAAAUGAAGACGUUGAUCCAGGUGCUUCAAGGCAGGAAAAUUCUAUUGGCACUGUCAGAGAUCGUUUUAAGUUCGCAGAACCACACGACAGUAAUACAUCUUGUGCUAAACGCCUAUCUAGUUCUGGCGACCAGCAAUCGACAUUUGAAUUGAGGAUUCUGGAGGAAAGCUGGUAUAAAAGUCCAGAAGAGUUAAGUCAAUUGAACGGCACAUUCCCAUCAAACAUCUACAGCCUUGGGGUUCUUCUAUUUGAGCUCUUUUGCUGUUGUGACACAUGGGAGGUGCAUUGUUCUGCAAUGUCAGAUCUUCGUCAUCGCAUCCUGCCUCCAAAUUUUCUUUCAGAAAGUCCUAAGGAGGCUGGCUUCUGCCUUUGGUUACUGCAUCCAGAUCCUUGUUCUAGACCAAAAGCAAGAGACAUUCUUGGAUGUGACUUGAUAAAUGAAGGCCGAGAUUUGUCCUUGUUAGAUCAGGCACCAGCUGCCACCAGUGAAGAUGACACCGAGUCUAGUUUGCUACAUAAUUUCCUUUCUCAAUUGAAAGAGGAAAAGGAGAUGCAAGCUGCCAAGUUAUCAGCAGAUCUUGCAAGCUUACAAACAGAUAUGACGGAGGUUGAGAGAAGACACUCAACGAGGAUUGGAUUUAAUUUAGAGGACUUGGAUGUAUUGGCAAGUUCCAGCGCUUUGUCAGGAGCUUCUGCAAAUGCCCUGCAAGGUGCACUGCUAUCUGGUUUGCUUCCAUCAUUGUGCAAGUCAAGCAUAUAUGAGGAAAGGGUGAUGAGGAAUUUGGAGCAGCUUGAAAAUGCAUAUUACUCCAUGAGGUCCACCAUUGAUUCAUGUGAAACUAAUGUAAUUAAACGUUCAGAUAACGAGGCAUUGAGGGUUCGUGAGAACUUUUAUCAACUUCACAGUGAUUCUGAUGCUACAAAUGAGCAAACAGACCGCCUUGGAUGUUUCUUUGAUGGUUUAUGCAAAUAUGCCCGGCACAGUAGGUUUGAGGUACGAGGAAUUUUGAAGAAUGCAGAUAUACUUAGCUCUCCGAAUGUCAUUUGUUCAUUGAGUUUCGACCGGGAUGAAGAAUAUUUUGCUGCUGCUGGAGUUUCGAAGAAAAUAAAAAUAUUUGAGUUUGAUGCUCUUCUAAAUGACCGUGUUGACAUUCAUUAUCCAUUGAUAGAGAUGCCUAGCAGGUCCAAGCUUAGCUGUGUCUGUUGGAACAAUUAUAUAAAGAACUACCUGGCAUCAACUGAUUAUGAUGGCACUGUUCAGUUAUGGGAUGCAAGCUCUGGUCAAGGAUUCAUGCAGUUUACAGAGCACCGGAAAAGAGCUUGGUCUGUGAGUUUCUCAGGAGUGGACCCUACUAUGUUGGCAAGCGGGAGUGAUGAUUGUUGCGUGAAAGUAUGGAGUAUUAACCAGAAAAAUUGCAUUGAUACAAUCAGAAAUGUGGCCAACGUAUGCUGUGUUCAGUUCUCCCCAUACUCCUCUCGCAUGGUAGCUUUUGGUUCAGCUGAUUACAAGGUAUACUGUUAUGAUCUGAGGAACACAAGAAUCCCUUGGUGUACUAUUUCGGGACAUGGGAAAGCGGUCAGCUACGUACGAUUCUUGGAUCCAGAAACACUCAUCUCCGCAUCAACAGACAACACCUUGAAGAUAUGGGAUCUUAACCGGACUAAUUCCAGUGGAUUAUCUACUGAUUCUUGCAGUUUGACACUGAGUGGUCAUACUAACGAGAAGAAUUUUGUAGGGUUGUCUGUUCAUGAUGGAUACAUAACAUGUGGCUCAGAAACCAAUGAACUAUUUUCUUAUUACAAAACCUUUCCCAUGCCAAUAACAUCUCAUAAGUUUGGUUCGAUUGACCCGAUAACUGGACAAGUGACAAAUGAAGAUAAUCAGCAUUUCGUGUCAAGUGUUUGCUGGAGAGGGAAGUCAAACAUGGUUGUGGCUGCCAACUGUAGUGGCAGCAUCAAAGUGCUUGAGCUUGUGUGAAAAAUCCUAUGAGAGUUAUACUGAAUGAGAAGAUCUGGAUGCUAAGGUUGACAUGCCGUCCCAGCGAUGCUUAGGUGCCCUUGGUGAUGCUGCUGCUCUAAUAGCCAUGCUUACCUCGAGUAUUCUGCCUUUUCAAUGCAAUGCACUAAGCAUCAACUAUCCCUUGGAGGUCUGGGUUUCAUUGAACAACCAGAGCAGUUAUAUGAUGCAAUCUCAGUAUUCAAACAACCCCAAUGCUGAUUGUUGAUGAAUGUUUUGCAUGUGACUCCCAAGCUACCUGAGCAAAAUUUGUGAAGCAUGAGCGGCCUCUUCUAUCCUGGAAGGCAUCUGUUUAUUAUGUUUGUAACUUUGUAUGGUAUUUUGACACAGUAUACUAUCCAUCAUCUUAAGGGGGUCCUUGGGGUCUGUACAGAUUUAAGGGAUGCAUAUAUCGUGAAGCUGGAUUUGCUUUGGGGCUGAAGAGGCUGACGUGAUACAUCUACUCCAUCACUAUCUCAUGUGAAUUAACUCAGUUUUGAAGUGCAUUGGACUUGGUAUGAUAGCUAGAGCAAACAAUUAGAACAGAACCGGUGAUUUUGUAGCUCAAAGAAGUUGAUCGUGCAGUGUGUGAAUGUUGCAAGGAGAACUUGUCUACUGUUCCCUUCCCUUUUAUUAUUGUACAUAUGAUUAGGAUCGGCUACUGAAAGGCCUUGUAACUAGAGGAGAAUGCUCAAAAGAAUCACUCAUCAGUUCGGCAUAACUAAUGGUCUUCUCAAAAAGAUUAAUGGCAGAUUGAUACAUGUA